AUGGCUGUGAUAAAGAAUGUUAUAGGCGGGUCUGGAGGAUCGAGCGUAACGACGCCUAUACUCCCUGAAGACGGCAGUACUAUGCAGCGAACUAUCGACCUAACCGAUUGGGCGACUGUACAGCGCCGGCUUCUGGAACGGUUCGACAAGACAAUGUCGCAGAGUCAACUGCUAACGGAGUUGGGUAAAGUACGGUGGAAUGGAAACCCUAAAGAGUAUACGAACCAGUUUGCGGCUGUAGGGGAGCGUGGAGUGGGGAUCGCUUCCGACGAACUCGCCGGCUUCUACUGCGCUGGGCUAUCAACUAAUCUCCAUCUUCUCAUUACAAAUAAUGGGCUGGUGAGGUAUUCCUCCUGGGAACAAGCGGCGACGGCAGCAGCGCGACUCUAUGAACCUAGGCAGACUGUGCUAGGGCUACGAGAAAGGGCUAGUCGAGCGAUAAGGGCUGCUACAGAGGCAAAUGCAACCCAUCGGAAACAGGAAAAUGAAACUAGGCCUGCAGGAAACUCCGGGAACUGCUACGAGUGUCAGAGUCGUGGGCACCCUGCACGAGUUUGCCCCAGCAAAGGGGAACGAACCAAGCGGCCAGGCGAGACCUGCAAGAAGUGUGGAAGUGUUGGACACUAUGCUCGUGACUGUCCUACAGACGACCGAGGCCGUGCCGAGCCGGAAAACAAGAGCAGACCUAAUGCCGUUCCAGUCUCCCUAGAGCGGGGUAACCGCCUCCUCAACACAGUAGAGGAAAACAAAAUGAGUUAUGAGGACGUGCAGGUGAUUCAGCCGCCUUCGAAAACGCGGUUGGAGUCUGUGCAGGCGCCAAUGCAGUAUGGAGAGGCUCCGUGCGUGAAGACGGAUAGCAGCGGGAAAUCUGCAGAAGCGAGUGACGAAGACUGCAGACGUCUAGCGAUAGACACUGUGCCGCACUCUUGCAACCGUGGACGAGCCUUGUGUUGCGUGGGCGCAACAGCGGUACUUCGCGUUGAGCUUACAGGAAGUUCAUGCGAGGCACUUUUAGACACAGGCGCUUCGAGAAGUUUCAUUAACCCUAAAACAGUCCAACGAUUGCAGCUGAGGAUGCGGAGACUCCCAGAAGAGCAUAGGUUCACCGUAGCUACAGGUGAACAAUUAAGCAUUGAUCGAGUUGUGACGGGGUUGACGAUGUGGUGUGGAGACACACGCUUUUCCAGGGACUUCUUAGUGAGACGCGUUCCCUAUGAUUUAGUCCUGGGUUUGGAUUGGCUGACUGAAAAUAAGGUGGCCUGCUAUUUUCUGUCCGACAAGCUCUGGACCUAUGUGAACGGCAAGUGGUGCAAGUUAUCGGUCGUUAGGAAGGGUAGAGAGACACUGCAGGGUGACAGUCACAUAGUAGCACCUCCAAGAACUCCUGUAGAGCAAGCGUAUGACAUUUUGGCUAAGCAAGUGGCGGAAAUCUUCGCUCGGUACGGCAUGCAUCUCCGCAACGGACGCGUUAUCGGCGCCACACCGCAGGAGACUUCUACAAUGUCAGUCAACAAAAUGCCUAGCGGGACGCCAGCCCAUCAUCGCCACGCGACUCCGAAGCCCAUCGUGGCAGAGCGGCCGCAUGGGCAUAAGGCGGCGCCCCCACAG